ACGAAUGUCUCACCCUACGUGUCAUGGAGAUAAUGAAAACAGCUUCUGCCGUUUCCAGGUGAGACAAACUCACCAACUGACAUUUGUCUGAGAGACACGAUGUACAAAGUUCACCCACGCACGUCGCUUGGUAUGAUCCAGAAGUACAUUUCUCGCUAGAAUUUAUCACGAAAAUCUAAAUUGUUAUGUUCUGCGGAUGUGCGAGAGAGGUAUCUAUUUAUAAAUCACCCUGAUAGUUUUGAGGCAACAUCAAGAUCAUCAGAUGAAAUUCCACUACCAGCAAAAGCUGAGACUUGCUGCUAUUCAUGUAGAAACGCAAGAUAAAAUGUGCUUUUGACAUGUUAUGCCUCUACAAACUGUAUUCUGGUCCUUUGUAUUCAAGGUGAUUGUAAAGAAAAGAAACAAUCAGACAAGGGCCGGCCUGUGAGUUCAAUAGGACAAGCUGUUUUCUGUACACAUUUCUAAACUUUGAAAUUGUGGUUUAUCGAAUCGUUGGGAAGUCAAGCAUCAAUCAAACAUGCAAGGAUUCAGAUUACCCCCAAAUCCUCUGACAGUGACGUCACCAUUUUCUGUACUCCCAUACGGCGCCCCAUUAUUACCUCCCACCUACUCGCCACCCUUCCCAGCCAACAGCAGCAGCAUCAAUAUCAGCAACAGCAGCAGCAACAACAGCAUCGCCCGGAAUAUGGUGGAUGUGUCAGCGAUCGCCUCCAUCAUGCCGCGGGAUGGGGAGGUUGCCUCUCUACACCCCCAUCACCGUCUGAGUCAACAACAGCAACACCAUCAUCAUCAUCGUCUGGGUCAGCUUCAGCAACAUCAUUCGCACCCACCAGGCUUCCCGUCCACCUCUGGGCUGCUCAUGUCGCAAGUCGCCUGCGCCCAGACAAGGUUGGCAAAAUUCGAUUCGCCAUAACCUGAGUCUCAACCACUGCUUCAUCAAAGUACCUCGAGACAAGGGAACGCCUGGCAAGGGAAACUACUGGACGAUGGAUCCAAACUGUGAUGAACUGUUUGAGGAAGGAAAUUACAGAAGACGAAAACGCCGAGUCAAAGUUCAACAAAGAGCUCUGGCUGGCGGCCCCAGUACUGGCGGACAAGGCAGCUGCGAAAAGAACAGCUGGAACAGGGGGCAGGAGGGCGCUGUGUGUGUCGCCAGUAUUGACGACUAUGUCCAAGGGGGCUCAGACGACAAGUGGUCCGGAUGCAAGUCGGACGAUGACAACAUUAGUGUGGGACUGACCUGUGAUAAAAGCAAGAGUCACCCUGACGGUGACCUACAGGGGGAUGAAAAUCUCUACAAUAUUUCAGAGCACUCCUUACUGUGGGUACGUGGGAAAGCUGGAGUUUGCAGACUUGACGACAGACUGGCGCCAGAUGGCUGGGUUCGUAGAAGCUCCACUGACGACAGAAUGUCUGACAAUGGCGAUGCUAACAACGACUCUUUUCCCGAUUCUGAUAAUGGGAGUGAACAGGACCCUGGUGUCAAAACAGAAUACGGGUGUGAUAGUAUGAAAGGCAUCGAAAGUAAAGAUGAUAAUACAGAUCUCGAAAAUGACGUAUUUACGUCUGAGCAAAAAGAAGACUAUGCUGUAGACCUUACGAGGUUUAAAGGGGAAGAAAAUUCCUGUUUUAGGAAUGAUGUUGAAACGGUCGAGAGAAAGACUCACUUCUUGGAUAAAACGAGUGAUGGACAAUGUGGCAAUCUGAAAUUUGAAAAUGACGAUGUCAUUGCCAACAGAAGUCCGAAAGUGAAAGUUGAGAAAGAAACAAUUGCAGAAGGCAGAAAUGCCUCUAUCUCUCCCAGUAAGAGAACGAAAUCGUCCGAGGCGGGAAGCAAUAACAGAUUCUUAGAUCCACAUGUUUCACGAAACGCAUUGACCACAGAACAGGAUUGCAGUGAAGAAGUUUGGUCGUCAAAAGAACACGUUAUUCCAAAUGGGACUUCAACUAGCUUUCAAAUUACAGGGGACGUUUCAAUUGUACAGAAAUUCGAUGUAAACAUAAAGAAAGAGCCUCCAAAAUGCACCUUGUCUUUCGGGAUUGCUCGAUUGAUAGGGAGAGAUGAGGUGGAUGCCAAUGAAAACACUGGGGAAAACGACGAACUUGAAAAUAACAAAAAUGAAAUCUCGAAUGAGAACACUCAUUCAUAUUUUGGAAACAGUUCUCAUUUUAAUAAUGACCGAACGAUCUCAAUAUCUCAGGGAGGUGGAUACACAGAAGUGGAUUCGUCCCAUAGAGAUAGUAUUGAUACUAAGCCAACCAAAGCCCCAGAAGGGUGUGGGGGGUUUGAAAGAGGGGAGAAACGAAAACGAGAUGUGUUCGAAGGUAUUCCAAAUCCACCCCCGAAAGUCAUAGACCUAAAGAACAAAACGUUCGAUUCUUUGUCACUCUCCCUUCUCCCAACAUACCUCGGUACUGGCCGCUACCCAGCAUCCCCUGGAAAUUAUAUUGGUCUCCACCCUGGACAUCCUUCAGCGUCCUUGGAUACGAUAACCCCCACCCUGGAGACCAUGAUGAUGUACGGGCAUCCAAUGCUUGCUACACAUCUUCGCAUGACGUCUCAGGGACCACAUUCUCGACAUCGCCAGCCAACAUCUGGGUUUCCCUACAGUGUUCUGUUCUAAUGUUACCCUGAACAACUAUUAUUUCAUAUAAAAUCCGUCCUUUGCGCAUUAAAAUUGAAGAUACUCUUUUGAA